CCCGAGGGACGAUGUAUGGACAAGUUGCUUCACCUUUCUUACUGCGGCUCCUCCAUAUAUCAACUAGUAGUGCGCUCCUUGAGCUUCGCCUCCUAGUCCUACGCCUCCACGACUCGAAGCUUAAGUGUGCUCACUUUCCUAUGUUCACGAACCUAUUCUUUCGCAUCCUUCACUAGUCCCUAUCUCCCAACAUUUCAUUUACCCGAUCCUGGAGAAGCCGCGAGCUCGAGGCAGGAACCUCAACCGCAGCUAUGAUGGGCAUCAUCUCCACGACUCUGGCCUCCGUUCUGGCCGGAACCGCUCUGUCGCAGGCAUCUCCAGCUAUCAGGGACGAGUCUGCUACAGAGCGUGUAUGGUCCUCUAUCGCAUGGGUUAUGCAUGGCGACCGGAGUCCUCUCGGUGUACCGGGCUCUCCCCCUAACCUGACUCCCUUAGGUGCUCAACAACUCCUUCGCCGAGGCACAGUUCUUCGCAAUCGUUACAUAGUGGCUGCUCAUGAACCGGAUAGUUUUGACGUUUCCAAGCUCAUCGGAGCCAAGCUCGUGGGCCUAAGCACGAACGCCAUCGACAAUACGCAGCUGGAUGUUCUUACGGGCGCAGACAGUUACAACUUUCACAGUGCUUUGGCCCUCAUGCAGGGCCUCUAUCCCCCGUCAACACGGGUGUUUAAUGGGACAGAUGGUAUAGCAGCUGCCCUUCUUGCCAAUACCAAAAUCUUGGAUUAUCCUCUGGAAGGAUAUCAGUAUCCGGUUAUCAGGUCUCCAUCAGUCGACGACCCUGAAUCUGUCUCGGUUGACGCCAAUAACCUCUGCCCCCAGUAUCUGCACUCUCUGGACAGCUUUGAGAAUGAUACUCAGGUGGAGAAGACCUACAACGAAACACUAGUCUUCUACAAAGCGGAAUGGGAAAGGAUCUUCCACGGCGACAAUAUCGCGUACCCUUUGAAUCUGGCAGACUACCAUCAUGCUUACGCAUUCUACGACCACGUCCAGUACCUCUACGUGCACGACAACGCCACGAAAAGUCAACUCAACUCCACCUUUGUUGAUUACAUGGGCAGUCUCGCAGCUUCAGAGCAGCGUGAAAAGCAUGGGAACUUGACUGUGUCUGGAAAAGACGAAGGCGACAAAAUCCGUGCCGUUGCAGGCCGCACCAUGGCCGGCAAAGUCAUGAAGUGGUUCGACAGCAAUAUCCAGACACAAGGACGCACCAACAAGCUCAACAUGGCCUUCACCUCCAUAGAGCCCUUCUUUGCAUUUUUCUCACUGUCAGUAUUGGUAGAUGGACCAUCCGAUGGCGAUUUCAAGAACCACGUUCCCAACCCGAGCGCGGCGAUGAUUUUCGAGCUCUUCUCCAAAGGCGGCAGCGACUCGGUAUACCCCCCCGAUGAGGAUCUCUGGGUACGGUUUCUCUACGACGACGGCAAAUCCGGCUCCCUUCCACAGGAAUACGCCCUCUUUGGCAACGGGAACUCGCAAUCGGUCAUGCCUCUCGCCGAGUUCAAGCACUCCAUGGGAGAGAUCGCCCUCAAUUCAUCCUCCAACUGGUGCGACGUAUGCGACAGUCCUGCCUCUUUCUGUCUCGUAACCAAAGGCACCACCGGAGGCGACGACGACACAAGCGGCAGCCACGACCCUGGCUCACCCGUCGUCUCCGACGGUGGUAACCGUCUCAAAAUGGACCCCACCAUCGCCGGUGCCAUCGGAGCCGCCUCAGCUAUCGCCGCCAUCGGGCUCGGCUUGCUCGCAGCCACCCUCUGCGCCGGUCUCCGCUUCCACCGAGCCGGCUCGGAGAAGAAACGGGAGCAGGAACGCAUGUUUCGCAUGCUGAAUCUCGGCAGCGCUUACAACAACAAAGGUCCUGAGAACAAUCGGGCGGUACCUGAUGCCGACGUCACGUACGCCAGGAACGGAAUCCGACACGAGCGCGUGGGAAGCUGGGAGAUGCAUAAUGGAUUUGGUACGAACCCGUACAACGGCACGGGCAGCACUCCCACGAGAGGAGGGAGCGGGCUCGAUCGCGUUUAUACCAAUGAUGCGGGGUUUUAUUCGCCUAAGCCCAGCGGCAGCUCGUCGAAGCGGCCGGUGGAGGAGGAUGAUCGGGCGAGUUACUUUGGGGCUGCGCCGGCGAAGCCGAGGGAUUUUACUAAGUGAGUUGAGUGAGUGAGCGGUAUUGGGUGAGCGGUGUUGGAUGCGCACCUUUUCACACAUCCUUUGACCUUCCUUUUUGCAUACCGUCGUCGUUCGUUCGUUCCCUUCCUUUCCGUUUAGUAUCCUGUAUUUCUCUACCUUACAUCCGGUAUUUUGCAUUGGGUUUUGGACAUGGUGUGAGGUUGGAUUAUCAGGAUUCAGGAGGUGGCGUUCAAAGGAAAGUGUGUGGGAGUGGGUUUGUUUACUUUACCCCUUUUUCACUCAGUCAGUCCACAUUGCAAUUGGCGAUCACAGAUCGCCGAGUGCUAUGUAUGGAGCAGUAGGGCUAUGGCGU